AUGAUCGAGGUAGGCGGCAAGAAGGACACGCGAAGUGAAGUGAAAGGAUCGGACGGCGCGAAGCAUGGCUCCCGUUCUGACGCCGCGUCCGACGACCUCCACGUCAACUACAAGACCGGCUUCCCCAACAUCAACGAGGCGAACCUCCUCUGCAUGAUCGACAUCUGCGUCGUGCCCGCAGCGCUCGGCACACUCCUCGGCAAGCAUAAGCUCGACUUCCACGGCACGUCUCAUGUGUUGUGCGCCUUCCGCCCGGGCAUGGAGAAGUCCGCUCUGAAGCCUCAUCCUCGUCGACUUCCCCCUCUCCCGCGUGCUCUGCGGCACACAACCUCGACAUGGCCAUGGCGGCGGGCGAUUGGUGCGUGUGGCUCGGGACCUACAAGCAGGGAUCGAGCACGAGUGCAGGGAGUGGAGACGGGGAUGGUGCGGAUGUGGACGAACGCAAGACUGCCGGUCUCAACUGUGUGCAAGACCAGCUUCGGCGCCGGAAACCAACACCGCAGCAGACCGUACACCCGAAACGCGCGCCGCUAUGCUUCGCUCGUGCCUAUCGCACCCCCGCUGUUUGCCCAGCGCCUGUCUGCCCCGCCUCGAAGUGCCCGCUCCCCUCGGCCGUCUCCCCUCACCUCACCUUUGUCUGCAUAG